AUGUCAAGUCAUACAAGUCCAUAUAAAGGUCAUAAACGACAAAAAUCAUCGAUACUGACUUCAGCAUUUCAAUCGCAUUUUCAAAUACCAAACUCUCCACCAUUACAACAUCAAACCAUUCAUAAUUUACAACAAGGUUACCCAGUUCCACAAUCUGCUCCUGCUUCAUAUCAUCAAGAUUCACAGUCUUUUAAUUUUAUAGGGUUUCAAAAUCAUCAACAACAUAUUGCACCCCCUCUACAAUCUUCAAGUUCGUAUUCAAGAUCUUCAAUUGAUUAUGCACUUCCACCUUCUACUAAAGCAUCAUCAUCAUCAGAUAAUAAUCAGCAUAUUACAUCUCCAUUGAAAAGAAGUGCAUCGCAACAAGAUAUAUAUUAUUUUGAUUCAAAACCUCCACCUCCUCCAAUUUUUCAACAACCACCACCACCAUCUUCUUCAUCAUCAUCAAACUACUGCCAACCUAAUAUUGCUCCAUUAUUCAAUUAUCCGCCACCAUUUAGUCAUCCUGGUCCAAGUAUUGGAGGUGGUGAAUUAAAUCAUUCAUUCAAAUUUGGUGGAGAUUCAAAUGCAAAUGUUGCUGGUCAACAUUCACAUAAAUUACCAACUUCAUCAGUUAGACAUCAAAAAAAUCAAUUAUCAAUAUCAUCGCAUUUGACAUUAUUUAAUUUAUGUGAAAAACAACAACAAAUACCGUUGCAUCAACCCGAAAAUGAGAUUUUACAGGAUUUAAAAUCUAAAUUAUCAACUGUUGAUGGUUCAAAUAUUAAUUCUUACUUAUUGCAAGUUAUUUUAAAAGCCAAUUCACCUUAUCUAUUAGAUGAUUUUUACAAUUUAUUAUAUAAUGAAAGAAUUUUACCGAGAAGUGAUUUCAAAUUAGAUAAAACAAAUAUAAAUACAUCUCCCGGUAUCACAACCAUCUUUGAAAGUAUAUUAAAUCAUUUCAAGAAUUUAGAUUCAUUAAAUUUAAAGAUUAAUUAUCAUGAAUUAUUACGAAAUUUUUUAGCCAUCAAGAUAUUAAAGGAUGUUUUAGUUCAAUUAAACCUUAACGAAAUUGAUGAACCACAGAAUUAUUCAAUUCCAAGAUUAUCCAUAUAUAAAGUUUACUAUAUUAUCUGUCAAAAAUUAAUUUGUAUUUAUCCAAGUUCAACAAAUUCAAUACCUGAACAACAAAAAUUAAUAUUAGGACAAAGUAAAUUAGGUAAAUUGAUAAAAUUAGUAUAUCCAAAUUUGUUAAUUAAAAGAUUAGGUAGUCGAGGAGAAUCAAAAUAUCAUUAUUUAGGUGUUUUGUGGAAUGAGAAUAUCAUAAAUGAUGAUAUUAGAUCAUUAUGUGAUAAUCAUGAAUUGAAUGAUUUGAAUGAAAUUUUUAAUAAUGAUUCGAAUGCCAAUCCAUUUUUAAUUACAUUACCAAAGAAAUCAAGAAAAGGAAGUACAAUUAAGAUUAAAAAGGAAGAACAAGAAGAGAAAGGACAACAGCAACCAGAAGUAAUUAUUGAAUCACCAAACUUAUCAUUUAUAAAACCAUUUUUAAAUUAUCCUCCUGCUAGUUGUAAAUUUACAAUUCUUGAUGAAGUUAAUUGGUUUACAAAGACUUUAGAUUCAAUUUAUAAAUCAAUUCCACAAAUUAAAAAGAAAUUUAUUAGUGAAUCAUUGUUUAAUAAUGAUAAUUUAUUAAUUCCAAAUAAUUUAUUGACAAAUUUAGUCAUUGUAAUUAAGAAAUUAUCUGAUGAACAAUCAAUUUUGAAAUUAUAUUUGAUUGUAUUAUUAGAAUUAUUACCAUUUUUAUUAUUAAUUAAAACAUCAUCAACCAAUAUCAAUUUUCUUAAAAAUUUAAGAACAAAUUUAUUAUAUGUGAUUAAUCAAUUGAAUAAUGAAAUUGGAAGCUUAAAUUUUAAUCUUACAAAUUCUACAAUAUUCAUCAUAUGUAUUAAAAAAUUAAUCAAUUUAAAUGAUUUAAUAAUCACAUUCAUAAAAUUAAUAAGAAAAGAUAAUAAUAAAAUUUCAAUGAUUGAAGAUAUUGAACUGUUUUUAAAAGAUUCAAAACCAAUAAUCAAAAUUGAACAUGAAGAAGACGAUGAAAAUUUAAAUAAACCACCAACUUCAUUAUUUGAUUUCAAUUUUAAACAUAAUAUAUUGUCAAAUGAUUUAGUUUAUACAUUGGUUGGAUUUAAUUUUGAUCCAAGUUCAACUGCAAAUAAACAACAGAUCAAAGAUUCACUAUCAAUGAAAUUUAUAAAUCAAGAAAUUAAUAUUCUUGAUAAUUUUUUUAAAAUUGAUUUAAAAAACUUUUUAAAUCAAACUGGGGGUAAUUCAAAUUCGGAUAAUUAUUCAGAAUCAAUCUUGUCAUCAUUUGAAUUAUUUAAAAUUAGUUCAUUAUUUGAAUUGAUUGACGAUAAAUUAUUAAAUCAACAAUUUAAAUCAAAAUACCCAAUCACGAUCUUUAAUAAUUUUAUAACUUUUACAUUUAAUGACAUUUUAAAAUUCAUAUUCUUAAAGAAACAAGAGAAUAAUUUAGAGAAUCAAGAAGGAGGAAGCAAUAAUGAUGGCUGUUUUGGAAGUUGGUGGGUUUUUAAUUGCUUUGUCCAAGAAUAUCUCGCUGUUAUUGGUGAAAUUGUUGGUUUAAAUGAUUGUAUACAGUCGUCGUAA